GGCUAAAGCAAUAAUACUAAUAUUUAGUAUAGAAAAAAAUAAAAAUGAGGCUUAUCGAUUUGGUGUCACCAAUAAUUUUUGUUUGGUUUUUAUUGUGUGCCAAAGCUUGCUCGCAACCACGACUACCGGGUGAUCAGGCUCAAGUGCCAUGCUUCUUCAUUUUUGGAGACUCAUUGGUUGACAAUGGAAACAACAAUAGGAUAGUUACUCUUGCCAGGGCUAAUUACAGGCCCUAUGGCAUCGACUUCCCACAGGGUACGACUGGUCGUUUCACGAAUGGUCGAACAUUUGUUGAUGUUCUAGCUCAGCUUCUUGAGUUUCCAACAUACAUACCACCCUAUGUGAGAACCCGUGGUCCUGCACUACUAAGGGGAGUGAACUACGCAUCUGGGGCAGCUGGCAUCCGGGAUGAGACUGGAAGCAAUCUAGGAGAUCAUACAUCAAUGAACCAGCAAGUAUCACACUUUGCUGAGACAGUGCAAGAUAUGACACGGUUUUUCAGACGAGAUGCAAAUGCUGUGAGUAGUUAUUUAGGUAAAUGCAUCUUCUAUUCUGGGCUUGGAAGUAACGAUUAUCUUAACAACUAUUUCAUGCCCAACUUCUACACUACUAGUUCCGAUUUCACUGUCAAAGCUUAUGCUGCUGUGCUUCUCCAGGACUACAAACGCCAGCUUACUCAAUUAUAUCAAUUGGGCGCUCGGAAGGUAAUUGUGACAGCAGUGGGCCAAAUUGGUUGCAUACCAUAUCAGCUAGCACGUUAUCAUGGUAACACUAGCAGAUGUAAUGAAAAUAUAAACAAGGCAAUCGUUCUUUUCAAUUCAGGGCUUCGGAAAAUGGUAGACCAAUUCAAUGGUGGACAAUUGCCUGGAGUUAAGUUUGUUUACCUUGAUUCAUACCGGAGCACCGCCGAUCUGUAUCAGAAUGGAACCGCCAAUGGGUUUGAAGUGAUAGACAAGGGAUGUUGUGGGGUGGGAAGAAACAAUGGGCAGAUAACUUGUCUUCCUCUUCAAAGACCAUGUGAAGAUCGGAACAAGUACUUGUUCUGGGAUGCUUUUCAUCCAACUGAAGCUGCUAACAUUUUGUUUGCCAAAGCAGCAUAUGAUUCCACUCCCCAAUCAUAUACCUAUCCAAUUAAUAUAAAACAACUGGCAAUGCUAUAAGGGAUAUAUUUCACGACUACAAGUGAUUCAUAUAUAUAUAUAUAUGGACAUGCUUUUCAGCUGCAGAGUGCAGAUUGCUAAUAAUUUUUAUAUUGUUAAUUUGUCUUUCCGGCAUUUUCGUACGUGCCUGAAAUGGCAUAGAGUUUGAUAAUUCAAGUGGUUAAAAUAAUUUAUGAUUAAUAUUA